UAGUAAUUCAUAGAUGCUGCAGUUUUUUUUUAAUGGUCAUAUGUAUACUUCUAAACAUUCCACAUUGUUGUAACUACUAUUUAAAGAUUUGUUGUGAAGAUAUGUCAGACGCUUUUGAAGAGAUUCAAGCUAUUAAAAUAAAAAGGAAUAGUCUGAGGGAAAAAUUGCAGAAAAGAAAACGUGAAAGACAUGAAUUAUUUACCCUUACUUCUGCAACACCAGUAUCAUCCACCUUAACAAAUGAAUCACCUCUUGCUGGUGAUACAGUUGGACACUCACAGCGAUCAGAUCAUAGCGAAUAUGAACGAGAUGUUUUAUGCAUCUUACACGAAUCAUUACCAAAUUUACCAAUCACAUCUGCAGAGUUAAUAGAUCAGCUUCGAAAGAAUCUUAAUGCAGAUGUAUGUUCAACAGAUAUACAUAAAAUUUUGGAGAAACUAGCAGCACAAGAUAUUGUUAAAAUCAAAGAGGUGACAGAAAAUGGUGUUUUUGGAUAUACAGUAUUAUCAGUGAUAGAAUCUCAGUCAUCAUAUCAAUCUCAAUCAGAUGAUACAGAAAAUCCAGAAAGUGCAGAAACAUCUGCGUCUGAAUUAAAUGACUAUAUGCCUACAGAGAAACAGCCCAAAUUGGACAAGAAAAAUACAGAAGAUAUAAUGUCUCUUAUAUCAAUGCCUACAAUUAGAGAGAAGGAAAAUAAGAAGGUUGGGGAGCAAAUUUUAGAUUUAUUAUCAAAGCAAACAUCUAAAGAAAAAUCAUUGGCUGAACGAUUUCGAUCUCAAGGAGGAGCUCAAGUUAUGGAAUUCUGUCCUCAUGGUACAAGAGUAGAUUGUGUCAAGUUAAAUGGUGGGCCAGGAUUUGCAGAAAAAUGUAAAAAACUCCAUUUCAAGAAAAUUAUUCAAAGUCACACAGACGAAUCUUUGGGUGACUGUAGUUUCCUUAAUACUUGUUUUCAUAUGGAUACAUGCAAGUAUGUUCAUUAUGAAGUUGAUGGACCAACAACUCAACCAAAAGAACCAAAUGAAAUGGAUACUGCAAGUACUGCCACAGUAACUAAAGGUUUAACAUUAGAUAGCAAGAAUGGUAGUAGUACUAGUUGUCCAACACCUGGUGGAUCCUUAGGUAGUGAAUUGACUCUGUAUCCACCACAAUGGAUACAGUGUGAUUUACGUUAUCUUGACAUGACAGUAUUGGGUAAAUUUGCUGUUAUAAUGGCUGAUCCUCCAUGGGAUAUCCAUAUGGAGUUACCAUAUGGUACCAUGUCAGAUGAUGAAAUGAGACAGCUAGGUAUACCUGCACUUCAAGAUGAAGGUCUUUUAUUUCUAUGGGUAACAGGAAGAGCAAUGGAACUUGGUAGAGAAUGUUUGCAGUUAUGGGGAUAUGAAAGAGUAGAUGAAAUUAUUUGGGUGAAAACAAAUCAGUUACAGAGAAUAAUAAGAACAGGAAGAACAGGUCAUUGGCUAAAUCAUGGCAAAGAGCAUUGUCUAGUUGGUAUGAAAGGUAAUCCAAGAAUUAAUCGAGGAUUAGACAGUGAUGUUAUUGUAGCCGAAGUUCGUGCAACUAGUCAUAAGCCUGAUGAAAUUUAUGGAAUUAUUGAACGUAUGAGCCCAGGAACGAGAAAGAUUGAAUUAUUUGGACGACCUCAUAAUGUUCAACCUAAUUGGAUAACAUUGGGAAAUCAAGUAGACGGGGUUCAUUUAAUCGAUCCUCAACUCAUUAAAGCCUUUAAGAAACGAUAUCCAGAUGGAAAUUCAAUGAAACCUAGUAAACCAUAGUAAUAAUUUUAAAUCAUUGUAAGAUAAAUGAAUAAUUAUUUUAUUACAUAAGUUAUAAAAAUAAAAUUGUG